CUAGUCAAACGUGUGCGUCUGUAGCGGAAGGAGAGUAGAAAUGUACAGUCUUUAACGAGCUGUUGAGGCAGUGUUGUUAUUUAUUUAUUUUUAACAUAAGGGAUUUAUACUUGUAAGCAGCAGGUAUACAACCACGGGCGCAUACCUUGGAAUUACAGGGCUGUUUUCAGAUUACGAAAAACAAAAAAGAGAAAAGUAAAGCAAGCGGUCUGUCACAGACUCCCUGCUUUCCUGACAGCAGAGCACAACUUUUUUUCUGUAAUGGAGUUUCCAGACCUGGGGGAGCACUGCACUGAGAAGACCUGCAAACGCUUAGAUUUUCUUCCAAUGAAAUGCGAUGCCUGUGCAGACAUUUUCUGCAAAGAUCACAUCACUUACGCAAACCACAAAUGCACGUCUGCGUACAAAAAGGAUGUUCAAGUUCCUGUCUGCCCACUUUGUAACACCCCAAUCCCCGUCAGCAGAGGAGAAAUGCCAGACAUCAAGGUUGGGGAACACAUUGAUGGGGACUGUAAAUCUGACCCAGCUCGGAGGAAAAGGAAGAUUUUUACAAAUAAAUGUUCAAAAGGGGGAUGUAAGCAGAAAGAGAUGAUAAAGGUGACAUGUGACCAGUGUCACUUGAACUUCUGCCUAAAACAUAGGCACCCUUUAGAUCAUGAAUGCAAAGCCAAUGGACAUGCUGUCUCUAAGUCUGGUCAUGCUGCUUUAAUGCAGUCCCAUGGAGCAACCUUGUCAGCUGCUGCUCUUUCUAGUAAAGGAACCUUCAGAUCUGUGCCGCAUGGACUAAGUGGGAAUGAACGAUCACAACCAAGCAGCACAUGCAGGCGUAGUGUGACCGUGGUGCUACCACCACACCAGCAGGAGCAGCAGAGAGCAAUUUCUCCCUCUGCAUCGUUACAGGCAGGAAUGACUGAGGAGCAGGCUUUGCAGAGAGCUCUGGAGAUGUCUUUAGCAGAAUCUGCAAGAAGCACACAGCAGCCGCUCAGUCCUCAGGAGGAAGAGGAUCUUGCGCUGGCCCAGGCACUAGCUGCCAGCGAGGAGGAGUUCAGUAGGCAGCAGCAACAGCAGAGACCACAGAAUCGGGAACCCAAACAGUCUAGCUGCAGUGUGUCUUAAUGUCACAGUUUGUUGUAAAGCUGCCUCAUGUACUGUAUUAUACCAUGUACCAAUCAUGUCUCCAUUCUUUAAAAGACAUGCUCUGUGUGUGUGUG